CGUCCCGCAGCCUCCGCCUCCGCCUCCCUCCUUCCCUCCUCCUCCUCCUCCUCCUCCUCCUCAUUCGACCUUCAAUCACCUCAUCCCCACCGGCGACCCCGAGGAUAAGAACCCGAGUCGCGCCUCGCUCAAAAUCCCGACGAAUCUCGGGCCGCAUCGAGGAAUCCCCGAGGGUAUUCAUCAAGAAUCCAACCAAGAAACCCCCCCGCCCGGCCCCGGUCGGUGGUCUCCGGCCAUGGACACGGACCCGCUGCUCCCGACCACGGCGCCGCAGCUGCUCCACCCGCUGCCGGAGCACGCGCCGGUCUCCAACUUCGACGCCGCGCCGCCGCCCUCCCCGGCCUCCUCCUACAAGGACCGCCUCAUCUUCGGGCCCCACCACCCGCCGCCGCCGCCGCCGCCCCCUCCCCCUCCCCCGCCGUCGGGGCACCACCACUACCGCCGCAUCUCCGUCGGCCACGCGGACCCGUUCCGCGACUACGACCACCCGUCCUGCUCCUCCUCCCCUCCCUCCGACGAGGAGGCCCCGCCCCAGCCCACCACGCCCUCGCUCUUCAAUCUCAUCAGCGGCCGCACCAACCUCCACCGCUCCCGCACCGCGCCCGCCAUGGCGCCGCUCAGCGCCGCCGUCCUCGCCGCCUCCGCCGAGGCCGACCACCACAACCCGCCACCGCCGCCGCGGAGGCCGGCCAUCGUGCUGCACGCCUUCCUCUUCUUGCUCGCCUACCUCGCCCUCGGCGUCACCUUCUACGCCGCCUUCCCGGCCAACUUCACCUCCUCCGCCGGGCCCACCCACCCCGUCGUCGACGCCCUCUACUUCUGCAUCGUCACGCUCUGCACAAUCGGCUACGGGGACAUCACCCCGGCCAGCCCUGCCGCCAAGCUCUUCGCCAUAUCCUUCGUCCUCAUCGGCUUCGGCUUCGUCGACAUCCUCCUCUCCGGCAUGGUGUCCUAUGUGCUCGACCUCCAGGAGCACCUCCUCAUCACCGCAAUCAAGAACCCCCGCUCUGCACGCAAGCACAGGCACAACUACAUCUUUGACAUCAAGAAGGGCCGAAUGCGCGUCCGCAUGAAGGUCGCCCUUGCCCUUGGUGUGGUGGCCAUCUGCGUCGGCGUUGGGGCCACCGUGCUCAGGAAGGUGGAGAGCAUGGGCUGGCUUGAUGCCGUUUACCUUGCAGUGAUGUCGGUGACCACGGUCGGGUACGGCGAUCACGCGUUCAGGACGCUGCAUGGACGCCUUUUUGCCUCUGCGUGGCUUCUUGUGUCCACGCUAGCCGUGGCACGGGCAUUCCUCUACUUGGCGGAGAUGAGGAUCGACAAGAGGCACCGUGCAAUGGCCAACUGGGUGCUCUCCAGAGACAUGACCGUGUCAGAGUUUCUCGCUGCAGAUAUCGACAACAAUGGCUAUGUCACGAAAUCGGAGUUUGUGGUCUACAAGCUGAAAGAGAUGGGGAAGAUUUCGGAUAAGGACAUCAGGAUGAUCGUGGACCAGUUCCAGAGGCUGGACUCAGGAAACUGUGGAAAGAUCACGCUCUCGGAUCUUCUCCAGAGUCAUCACCUGGGCCAUGAACCCAGGGACAAGAAAAGGGGGAAGAAUUCGUGACGCAUGGCGCCGAGAAAAUGUCGUAGGGUAGUAAAGAAUUUUGGGCUGUAAAAUAUAUGAAACCAGCAAAGGUUAGUGCUAGGACGCCUGCAUCGAAUGGGAUUAAGUUGAAGGUAGAAUAGCUCCAGAUCAUUUCAUCGUGCCUGUAGGAAGGAAGCUGUAAAUACAAGCAAAGCAGUUAUCGAGAUUCUUUUCUUUGGAAAA